AUGGCUCAUCGUAAUGAAACUUCCAACUUAAACCCUGAUGAUCUGGAUUUAUCUGCUGAUUUUCACACGAGAAACAUCCGAAUUCAUGAACACCUGAUCCCGAGAUUACAGCAACUUCUUAGCGAGACAAACAAAUUGAAAUCAACACAUCAAUUCCAGUACGUCUGGGUGAAGAACUCUGAGAUUCUGGCUCGUAAAUCUAGUAGUUCUCAGGUCUUCAAAUUAAAACGCAUGGCCGAUCUUGACAAUCUGAAACAAAGCUUGGUCAGUAAUCUAACUCAGGAUUAAGGAGAUAAGUGUGUUAAUUGUUAUUCGUUCAUAAUCUUAAUGAUGUGAUACAGUUAAUGGAAAUGGCUUCGCACAAAGAGAUGAAAGAUCUCGCUAAAGAAAACAAAUUUCUGUUGAUGGAAUUGCCAUAUUAUAACUGUAAAGAUCUGAAAAAUGCCCACCUGCAGUAUAACGCUUUACUGGACACUAAUCUAGCCUCCAGGAAAUCGAUCUAUUCAUUUAAUAGCUUAUAUGAUCUUGGUCUUUUUCAG